CCACAAAAUCACCUCACUGAUGACAUCACACCUCUCCUGGGCUCGGGUUGUUUAUUCAGCCCUCCCUGACACACAUCCAACAAUCCAGCUCUCCCAAAAACCAACUCCUCAAAGCUGCCGCCAGCUGACAGGGCUGGGCCAAGGCUGUGCCGCCCCUGCGGGAGCAGCAUAAAAGCCGGCCCAGCGCCUCUCUCCCUCACACCCUUCUCCUGACGCCUUCUCCUGCCUUCUCUGCCCACAACCAGGGCCCCUCCACACCACACCCAUGGCCUGCUAUGACCUCUGCCGCCCCUGCGGACCCACCCCGCUGGCCAACAGCUGCAACGAGCCCUGUGUCAGGCAGUGCCAGGACUCCACCGUCCUCAUCCAGCCCUCCCCCGUCCGCGUCACCUUCCCAGGGCCCAUCAUGACCUCCUUCCCCCAGAGCUCCGCCGUUGGAUCCACCGCAGGGGCUGCCCUGGGCACGGAGCUCAACGUCCAGGGACAGCCCAUCUCCGGCGGCUUUGGCUACGGAGGCUACGGCCUGGGCUAUGGCCGUGGCUUUGGCUACGGCCUGGGAGGCCUGGGCUGCUCUGGCUUGGGAGGCCUGGGCUGCUCCGGCACCUGCUGAGGGUCCUUGCCACCACAGCUGACACCCCCUGCACCUGCCCUUCUCACUCUUGCACCAAUAUCUCCUGCAAGCAAAGCACCUCGCCUGAUGGUCGCCCUACUUGCACCUCACACCUCGUCCAUCCCACUCCCUGCUCCUGUCUCUUCACUCCUUUGACUCAAUAAAAUUCUCUUGCA